GCGCGCUCGCCCCAGUGGGCGGGCUCUCGCUGCGCGCACAGCGGUUGUGUUGUCGGCGAGUUUCCCGGAGUUCACACAGGCCCUGCGGUUGGCAUGACAACCGGGCAACCUGUUCCAGAGCCGCCAGCCUGCUCCGCACACGCCGCUGCCACCGCCGGAGCCGGGGCCGGCGCCGAUCCCAUGAUGCACCGCGCCAGCCCAGUCCCCAGUGGGCCGCCAUGUUGUCGGAGUGAAAGGUGUUGGUGGAAUGAGCGUUGCAUGUGUCUUGAAGAGAAAAGCAGUGCUUUGGCAGGACUCUUUCAGCCCCCACUUGAAACAUCACCCUCAAGAACCAGCUAAUCCCAACAUGCCUGUUGUUUUGACAUCUGGAACAGGGUCGCAAGGGCAGCCACAACCAGCUGCAAAUCAAGCUCUUGCAGCUGGGACACACUCCAGCCCUGUCCCAGGAUCCAUAGGAGUUGCAGGCCGCUCCCAGGACGACGCUAUGGUGGACUACUUCUUUCAGAGGCAGCAUGGUGAGCAGCUUGGGGGAGGAGGAAGUGGUGGAGGCAGCUAUAAUAAUAGCAAACAUCGAUGGCCUACAGGGGAUAACAUUCAUGCAGAACAUCAGGUGCGCUCUAUGGAUGAACUAAAUCAUGAUUUUCAAGCACUUGCUCUGGAGGGGAGAGCUAUGGGAGAGCAGCUCUUGCCAGGUAAAAAGUUUUGGGAAACAGAUGAAUCCAGCAAAGAUGGACCAAAAGGAAUAUUCCUGGGUGAUCAAUGGCGAGACAGUGCCUGGGGAACAUCAGAUCAUUCAGUUUCCCAGCCAAUCAUGGUGCAGAGAAGACCUGGUCAGAGUUUCCAUGUGAACAGUGAGGUCAAUUCUGUACUGUCCCCACGAUCGGAGAGUGGGGGACUAGGCGUUAGCAUGGUGGAGUAUGUGUUGAGCUCAUCCCCGGGCGAUUCCUGUCUAAGAAAAGGAGGAUUUGGCCCAAGGGAUGCAGACAGUGAUGAAAACGACAAAGGUGAAAAGAAGAACAAGGGUGCGUUUGAUGGAGAUAAGCUAGGAGAUUUGAAGGAGGAGGGUGAUGUGAUGGACAAGACCAAUGGUUUACCAGUGCAGAAUGGGAUUGAUGCAGACGUCAAAGAUUUUAGCCGUACCCCUGGUAAUUGCCAGAACUCUGCUAAUGAAGUGGAUCUUCUGGGUCCAAACCAGAAUGGUUCUGAGGGCUUAGCCCAGCUGACCAGCACCAAUGGUGCCAAGCCUGUGGAGGAUUUCUCCAACAUGGAGUCCCAGAGUGUCCCUUUGGACCCCAUGGAGCAUGUGGGCAUGGAGCCUCUGCAGUUUGAUUAUUCAGGCACGCAGGUACCUGUGGACUCAGCAGGAGCAACUGUGGGACUUUUUGACUACAAUUCUCAACAACAGCUAUUCCAAAGGCCCAAUGCGCUUGCUGUCCAGCAGUUGACAGCUGCUCAGCAGCAGCAGUACGCGCUCGCAGCGGCUCACCAGCCUCACAUCGGUUUAGCUCCCGCUGCGUUCGUCCCCAAUCCAUACAUCAUCAGCGCUGCUCCCCCAGGGACGGACCCCUACACAGCUGGAUUGGCUGCAGCAGCGACACUUGGCCCAGCUGUGGUGCCUCACCAAUAUUAUGGAGUCACUCCCUGGGGAGUCUACCCUGCCAGUCUUUUCCAGCAGCAAGCUGCAGCAGCUGCAGCAGCAACGAAUUCUGCUAACCAGCAGACCACCCCACAGGCCCAGCAAGGACAGCAGCAGGUUCUCCGUGGAGGAGCCAGCCAACGUCCUUUGACCCCAAAUCAGAAUCAGCAGGGACAGCAAACAGAUCCCCUUGUGGCAGCUGCAGCAGUAAAUUCUGCUCUUGCAUUUGGACAAGGCCUGGCUGCAGGCAUGCCAGGUUAUCCAGUCUUGGCUCCUGCUGCUUACUAUGACCAAACUGGUGCCCUUGUGGUGAAUGCAGGAGCGAGAAAUGGCCUUGGAGCACCAGUUCGGCUUGUUGCUCCGGCCCCGGUCAUCAUUAGCUCCUCAGCUGCACAAGCAGCUGUUGCAGCGGCUGCAGCUUCAGCAAAUGGAGCAGCUGGCGGUCUUGCUGGAACUACAAAUGGACCAUUUCGCCCUUUAGGCACCCAGCAACCUCAACCCCAGCCCCAGCAGCAGCCCAGCAACAACCUGGCAUCCAGCUCUUUCUAUGGCAACAACUCUCUGAGCAGCAACUCCCAGAGCAGCUCCCUCUUCUCUCAGGGCUCUGCCCAGCCGGCCAACACAUCCUUGGGAUUUGGAAGCAGCAGUUCUCUUGGUGCCACCCUGGGAUCAGCCCUUGGAGGGUUUGGAACAGCAGUUGCAAACUCCAACACUGGCAGUGGCUCCCGCCGUGACUCCCUGACUGGCAGCAGUGACCUUUAUAAGAGGACAUCGAGCAGCUUGACCCCCAUUGGACACAGUUUUUAUAACGGCCUUAGCUUUUCCUCCUCUCCUGGACCCGUGGGCAUGCCUCUCCCUAGUCAGGGACCAGGACAUUCACAGACACCACCUCCUUCCCUCUCUUCACAUGGAUCCUCUUCAAGCUUAAACCUGGGAGGACUCACAAAUGGCAGUGGAAGAUACAUCUCUGCUGCUCCUGGUGCCGAAGCCAAGUACCGCAGUGCAAGCAGCGCCUCCAGCCUCUUCAGCCCCAGCAGCACCCUUUUCUCUUCGUCUCGUUUGAGAUACGGAAUGUCAGAUGUCAUGCCCUCUGGCAGGAGCAGGCUUUUGGAAGAUUUUCGAAAUAAUCGGUACCCUAAUUUACAACUACGGGAGAUUGCUGGACAUAUAAUGGAGUUUUCCCAAGACCAGCAUGGGUCCAGAUUCAUCCAGCUGAAAUUAGAGCGUGCCACGGCAGCUGAACGCCAGCUUGUCUUCAAUGAAAUCCUUCAGGCUGCCUACCAACUUAUGGUGGAUGUGUUUGGAAAUUAUGUCAUUCAGAAGUUCUUUGAAUUUGGCAGCCAUGAACAGAAGCUGGCUUUGGCAGAGCGAAUUCGAGGCCAUGUCCUGUCAUUGGCAUUACAGAUGUAUGGCUGCCGGGUUAUCCAGAAAGCUCUGGAAUUUAUUCCCUCAGACCAGCAGGUAAUUAAUGAGAUGGUUCGGGAGUUAGAUGGCCAUGUCCUGAAGUGUGUGAAAGACCAGAACGGCAACCAUGUGGUUCAGAAGUGCAUUGAAUGUGUACAGCCUCAGUCUUUGCAAUUUAUCAUUGAUGCGUUCAAGGGGCAGGUGUUUGCUUUGUCCACCCAUCCUUAUGGCUGCCGAGUGAUCCAGAGAAUCCUGGAGCACUGUCUUCCUGACCAGACCCUCCCUAUCUUAGAGGAGCUUCACCAGCACACGGAGCAGCUUGUACAGGAUCAGUAUGGAAAUUAUGUAAUCCAGCAUGUAUUAGAGCAUGGUCGUCCUGAGGAUAAAAGUAAAAUUGUAGCAGAAAUCCGAGGAAAUGUGCUUGUAUUGAGUCAGCACAAAUUUGCAAGCAAUGUUGUGGAGAAGUGUGUCACUCACGCCUCACGUACAGAGCGCGCUGUGCUUAUUGACGAAGUAUGCACCAUGAACGACGGUCCCCACAGUGCCUUAUAUACCAUGAUGAAGGAUCAGUAUGCCAACUACGUGGUCCAGAAGAUGAUUGAUGUGGCCGAGCCAGGCCAGCGGAAGAUCGUUAUGCACAAGAUCCGGCCACACAUCGCUACCCUUCGCAAGUACACCUACGGCAAGCACAUCCUGGCCAAGCUAGAGAAGUACUACAUGAAGAAUGGUGUAGACUUGGGGCCCAUCUGUGGCCCCCCUAAUGGCAUCAUCUGAGCGAUGCUCCCACCCCCGUCCCGCUGACCUCACUGACCCUGGCAAAUCAACCAGCAACCAGAAAUGCCCAGUGUAGACUUGGAAAUGGGCGCCGGCUGCUCCGGGAUUACUCCCUCUUCUAAAAGAAAUCAGAUCCACAAGUGGAAAAGCCUUUGUAAAUUUCAUUUUAUUACACAUAAUAUGUACUAAUUAUUUUUUUUAAUUGACUAAUUGCCCUGCUGUUUUACUGGUGUAUAGGAACUUGUACAUAGGUAAUCAGUGUACAUGGGAGGCCACAUAUUUUGUUCAAUGCUGUAUCUGUCUUCCACAUGUGGACACUUUCAGGGUGGUUGGUUUAACAAAAAAAGUUUAAAAAAAAAAAAGAAAAAAAAUGGUUUUUAACUCAUUUGCCUUGUGGCAAGUUUUGCAAAUAGCUCUUCCUCACCUCAUUUUAUUAAAAACAAACCUGAGGUUUGAAUUGACCCCAAAGCGGCAUUCAACACUGUUUAAUAAAGUAUACAUACAUAUACAUAUACAUACAUACAUACAUUUAACACUGUUUAUAAAGUAUACAUACAUACAUACACACACACACACAUAUGAAAUGGAAUUGUUUGGGAGUUGCUGAAGUAUCAUUCUGUACCAUUGAGGUCACCAAGCUCCUUUUGGAGACAACCUUAUGCCAAGGAAUGUGGUGGCCGCUGAGUGGAGCCGCAGUCAAUGCGGGCGGGUUCGUGUCUGUUAACACGAAAGGCAAAACCUGAUUAUUCAGCAUGAGAAAAUCCACCUCUGCUUUUGGUCUUGCUUCUAUAAAUACAUAGUGUAUACUGGGUGUAGACUUUGCAUAUAUACGAAUUUGUAGUAUUUUCCUGUUUUGAUGUUGAAUCUGUAUCUAUAAUGUACCCUAGUAGGCGAACAUACUUUUGAUUGUACAAUUGUACAUUUGUAUACCUGUAAUGUAAAUGUGGAGAAGUUUGAAUCAACAUGAACACGUUUUUUGGUAAGAAGAGAAUUAAUUAGCCAGCCCCGUGCGCUCAGUGCACACCCUCACCUUCACGGUCGUAGCGUGUAGUGUUGUAUAUUGUAAAUUGUAAUUUCAACCAGAAGUAAAUUUUUUUUUCUUUUGAAGGAAUAAAUGUUCUUUAUACAGCUUAGUUAAUGUUCAAAAAAUAUAUAUAGCUUGGUUUAUUUGUCAGCUAGUCAAGACAGUAGCGAGAGCCUUUUUAAAUGUUACUCAUGAUUCAGUUCACACUAGUGGUUUUUUUAACCCUAAAAAAAGUAACGUUUUGCUUAUUUUGUGACAGUCAAAAAGGACGUGCGGAAGUUCAGCCCUCCCCCUUCCCUUCCCUGUGAUGGGAGCCUCCCCUGUAAAGUGUGACCCUUCCUAGUUCAGCCCUGCCCUUCCCUUCAAUCAGAGCCUCCUCUGUAAAGUGUGACCCUUCCUAGUUCAGCCCUGCCCUUCCCUGCAAUCAGAGCCUCCCCUGUAAAGUGUGACCCUUCCUUCCUUCUUUUGUACAGAAGAUGAACUGUAUUUUGCAUUUUGUCUACUUGUAAGUGAAUGUAACAUACUGUCAAUUCUUCUUGUUUGAAUAUAGAACUGUAACACUACACGGUGUACAUUUCCAGAGCCUUGUGUAUAUUUCCAAUGAACUUUUUUGCAAGCACACUUGUAACCAUAUGUGUAUAAUUAACAAACCUGUGUAUGCUUAUGCCUGGGCAACUAUUUUUUGUAACUCUUGUGUAGAUUGUCUCUAAACAAUGUGUGAUCUUUAUUUUGAAAAAUACAGAACUUUGGAAUCUGA